CACGGCCAAAAAUGUCAACCUUUGACUGACCUUCGGACAAUGGCGACUUUUUUGCAUGUUGCUCGUCAAUGGCAACGUCGUGAUGUUUGCUGCCGUGCUUUUCAUUCUACUAGGGUGUUCUGGAAUGAAGCACCAAAAUCUACGUUAACCGAAGGUGUCGGGGAAAAGAAGGAUAUCUACCACGAACCGUACGACGAAGAACCGCUACCGUAUCUUAGCAGGCCUCUAGGAGUGCGGCAUCGACCGACGACUUCGCGCCUGAGUACCACGGAAAGGCUGAAGGGGUAUAUGGAUGUCGACAAAGUCAUGGCAGAGCGGGAACUUUUAGUAAAAGAAGCUUCAAAAGGGUAUUUCCACGAUUUGAAUCGAACAAGAAGACAUGGAGGAAAGACCUGGCUCGCUCCCAAGAGUCUGAUACGCGAAGACCAAGCCCUCUAUUUCCCGGACAUCCAAGGGAAGAACCUGAAAGGAUUCAAUCAGCACACGACAAAUCUCUGUAUUGGCCGAGUAACAGUACUCGCCAUAAUCACUACACGAAUAUCCGAGUUCCAUGUCAAGGGUUUUUCGGAAUCAACCAACAAUCGAUAUCUGUCCAACCCAUUAUACCAAUUUGUCCAGAUCAAUCUACAAGAAAACCUCCUCAAAUCGUUGCUGGUUAAUCUGUUCGCCACCUCUCUACGAUCCGUCAUACCUCCAGAGCUCCACUCCACGUAUCUCGUGUCGAGCCAAAACAUGGAGUACGAGCGAGAUCCACUAAGCAUGACGAAUAAUCGAGUGGGCUACGUGUACCUUGUCGAUGAAAAUCUUAAAAUUCGCUGGGCUGGCAGUGCUGGUGCCACAGUCCAGGAGGCACAGACCCUCGAGAUAUGCACAGGUGUGCUCUUGAAGCGUCUGGAACAGUCCAAGCGAGAAUCUGUGGCUUAAGAGUGUGCCCGUCAUAGUUAUUACCCGCAGGGCCGUCACGAGCUAGCCCUUUCGACGUUCCGACGAGCUUAACCGUAUGCACU